CCUGCGGAGGCGGCUGUGCUCAUCCCGGCGGCCAAGCGCUUCAGUGCUCGCCGGGCUUCGCAGAUGGCUUGCCCCGCUCUCGGUCUGGAAGCUCUUCAGCCCCUGCAGCCGGAACCACCUCCGGAGCCUGCCUUCACCGAGGCACAAAAGUGGAUCGAGCAAGUCACUGGCCGAAGUUUUGGUGAUAAAGACUUCCGGACAGGGCUAGAAAAUGGGAUCCUUCUUUGCGAGUUGCUGAAUGCUAUAAAGCCAGGACUUGUUAAAAAGAUCAAUAGAUUGCCUACCCCCAUUGCAGGAUUGGACAAUACCAUCUUAUUCUUGAGAGGCUGCAAAGAGCUCGGCCUUAAAGAGUCUCAACUCUUUGACCCAAGUGACCUCCAGGAUACGUCUAACAGGGCCACUGUCAAGAACCUUGAUUAUAGCCGGAAGCUGAAAAACGUGUUAGUGACCAUUUACUGGCUGGGGAAAGCUGCAAACAGCUGCGCGUCCUACAGUGGAACGACGCUGAACCUGAAGGAGUUCGAAGGACUGUUGGCUCAGAUGCGAAAGGAGACUGAUGACAUUGAGAGCCCUAAGCGCAGUAUCCGAGACAGUGGCUACAUCGACUGCUGGGACUCUGAACGCAGCGACUCCCUCUCUCCUCCUCGCCACGGCCGAGAUGACUCCUUCGACAGCCUGGAUUCUUUCGGCUCCCGCUCCCGGCAGACACCUUCACCAGAUGUAGUUCUCCGGGGAAGCAGUGAUGGAAGAGGAAGCGACUCUGAAUCUGACUUGCCACACCGAAAGUUGCCGGAUGUGAAGAAAGAUGAUAUGUCUGCACGACGGACUUCCCAUGGUGAGCCGAAGUCUGCAGUACCAUUUAACCAGUACCUCCCGAACAAAAGCAACCAGACGGCCUAUGUCCCAGCGCCUCUGAGAAAGAAGAAGGCCAAGCGGGAGGAAUACAGGAAGAGCUGGAGCACGGCCACCUCCCCCCUGGGCGGGGAAAGGCCCUUCAGAUACGGCCCGAGAACUCCUGUGUCAGAUGACGCAGAGAGCACGAGUAUGUUUGACAUGCGGUGUGAGGAGGAGGCAGCGGUGCUGCCGCACAGCAGGGCCCGCCAGGAGCAGCUGCAGCUGAUAAAUAACCAGCUGAGGGAAGAGGACGACAAAUGGCAAGAUGACCUGGCUCGCUGGAAGAGCCGUAGAAGAAGUGCUUCUCAGGACUUAAUCAAGAAAGAGGAAGAAAGGAAAAAAAUGGAGAAGUUGAUGUCCGGAGAAGACGGGACAAGUGAACGAAGGAAAAGCAUCAAGACUUACAGAGAGAUUGUGCAAGAAAAAGAGCGGAGAGAGAGGGAGCUGCACGAGGCCUAUAAGAAUGCACGGUCACAGGAGGAGGCUGAAGGGAUCCUCCAGCAGUACAUCGAGAGGUUCACCAUCAGCGAGGCCGUGCUUGAACGCUUGGAGAUGCCAAAAAUCCUGGAAAGAAGCCAUUCAACAGAGCCAAACCUAUCCUCCGUCCCGAAUGACCCCAGCCCCAUGAAAUACUUGAGGCAGCAAUCACUGCCUCCACCCAAGUUCACUGCCACAGUUGAAGCCACCAUUGCUCGCACCGGUGUCCCAGAGACCAGCGCAGCAGGCGGCAGUGGGUCUCCAAGCAAAUCCAUCCCUCCCAGUGCGGUGCCUAUGCUGACACCCAAGCCUUACACCCAGCCCAAAGCCUCUCAAGAGGUUCUGAAGACUUUUAAGGUAGAUGGGAAAAUCAGCAUGAAUGGAGAAAUGGCGCAUGGAGACGAGGAAGAAAAGGAAAAGGAAGGGCCCACGCUGGAACCUGGCCCUUCCUUAACCAAGUCCCAGAUGUUUGAAGGCGUGGCUACAGUGCAUGGUUCUCCCGUGCAAGUGAAGCAAGGCAGCAACAGCAUUGAGAUCAACAUCAAGAAACCAAACUCUGCCCCCCAGGAACUGACAGCAGCCUCUGAUGAAGCUGAGUUGAAUGGCCAAGAGGAUGAGGACGGCGGUGGGAAGUCUGGGGCACAGGACGCGGAGCCAACAUCAGCAGAGCCACAGCAUUUUACAGCAACGGUGACUCGCUGCAGCCCCACCGUGGCCUUUGUGGAGUUCUCCCCCAGCACGCAGCUGAAGAACGAGGUGCCAGAAGAACGAAACCAGAAGAAGCCAGAAAAUGAGAUGAGUGGGAAGGUAGAGUUAGUGCUGUCACAGAAGGUAGCAAAGCCAAAAUCCCCAGAGCCAGAAGCAACCUUGACGUUUCCUUUUCUCAACAAAAUGCCUGAAACCAACCAAUUGCACUUGCCAAAUCUCGAUUCUCAAGCGGAUUCUCCGAGCAGCGAGAAGUCCCCUGUAACCACACCCUUUAAGUUCUGGGCAUGGGACCCGGAAGAGGAGCGUAGGCGACAGGAGAAAUGGCAGCAGGAACAAGAGCGUCUGCUCCAGGAGAGGUACCAGAAGGAACAAGAUAAGUUGAAGGAAGAGUGGGAAAAGGCCCAGAAGGAGGUGGAGGAAGAAGAACGCAGGUACUACGAGGAGGAGCGUAAGAUAAUUGAAGACACGGUGGUCCCGUUCACUCUUUCCUCGAGUUCUGCAGACCAGCUGUCUACUUCCUUGUCUGUCACUGACGGCAGCGGGACUACGAAUAAAGUGGACUUGGAAAAUUCUCAAGACAAAGAAAAAGAGAGAAGACAGAAGAUACCUUUCCAGGAGGGCGACAGUGACCAGUUGCUCAAGGCUGGGGAAAGUGGUCCACCCAAGGAGGACAGUAUUAGCAGCCUAAUUCAAGGACCCUCGGCUCACUCAGAAGACUCCAUGUCAAAAGGAAUCCAUCUGGACCAGUGGCCAGAGACAGAGGCUGGGACCCCGCACUGUGGUACAGGCCCACAGCUAGCUCAGGAGCCACCUCAGAAUCAUCAGGUGUCAAACCCAUCAGCAUGUAUGUCAGAAGAUGUGAAGCCCAAAACCCUGCCCCUGGAUAAAAACCUUAAUCAUCAGCUCGAGUCUCCGGGUGAAAGACGGAAGAAAAGUCCUCGAGAGAACUUCUGGGCUGGGCCCCUGUCCCCCUGUUCUCCUACCCCUCCCGGCCAGUCACCAAACAGGUAUAAGAGGUCUAUUAGCGGGAAGAAGCUGUGCUCCUCCUGUGGGCUCGCUCUGGGUAAAGGAGCCGCGAUGAUCAUCGAGACCCUGAAUCUCUACUUUCACAUCCAGUGUUUCAGAUGUGGCAUUUGUAAAGGACAGCUUGGAGACACAGUGAGUGGGACGGAUGUGAGGAUUCGCAACGGUCUCCUAAACUGUACUGACUGCUACAUGCGAUCCAGAAGUGCCGGCCAACCUACAACACUGUGACAGGGUUGAGCGCUUCUGGAUCACCGAACAUUUCUUUAUUAAGGGUGUCUGGCAAUGGCUUAAUUAAACCCCAAGUUCAGGGGCUUCUCAGCAUUCAUCUAAUUCUGGAAGACUCUUCUGCAAGGUGGUAUCUGCUCUUUUGUAUUGUAGCACAGUGUGCUUUUUCUGGUUGGGGCCUGAUUUUUUUUUUUUGCAUUUGCACAGUAUAUACAAAAGAAUAUUGCGUUGUAAUGAUUCUGAACAGUUAAUGGGUGGGGGGGAGACAAAUGGUUUCAGCACAAGCAGAAAGGCUUAUGGUUGAGAAGGUGUUGUUCUCUUCUUUGGGGAAUAGCUGUUAUUCUCUUCUUUGGGAAAUAGCAAAAGGGUGCAAUAAACCUGUUGUGUUUUAGUAUUUCUAGAAAUUAAACACGUUAUGUUUACAGAAUUGAGCUGCAGGAAGUGCAAGACAUGCCAACUUAAGACAGGAGCAUAAAGUGAAUGCAUUUCAGAAAAUCUAGACACCCCAGAAAGCUCUGACUCGGAACUAUAACUUGUUUUUUAAUGCAAAGACAGUAGUCUGAUAAUAUAUACUGUACUCCUGAAAACAUCUGUGUUACUUACCUUUGGGGGGGGCAGAUGUCCUACCAAUAAUUUAUCACACUGUUAGUAUUAGAUUUUGUGUACCCUGGAUGUCGUGUCAUUAAUAUAGGCUGAUCCCCCAAAUGAAGAAAGCCCUUGCAGUAUCACUAGACUUCCACUCUGUGAUGUUGUGCAAGGGUAGGGAGGAAACUGGCCAGCCAUUAUCUUCAGACUUACUAUAAAAUCCAUGAGGAAGUGUCAUCUGUCCGGAUGGUAUGUCAGUGGUAGCCUUAAGGCUUGGGCCACCUGCUUUCUCCAAGCACUGGGUUAGGGGUUGUUGAGCGGCUUGAUGUGAAGAUGUGAGUGUAGGCACCCAGGACAGUCUGUCUUUAGGGGUGAGUACGUCUCAUCUUUUGCCUACAAGUUUUCCUUGGGGGUGGAAGCCCGGGGACCCAGAGAGAAGCAUUAAGUCCAUCCUCACGGACCCCGGAUGGCAUAAUGAGACAAGCCCACAACUGGUCUGUACGGGCAGCCGCCCAAGGCAGACGGUGCCCUGCCUACCCCCAUGGACCUGUGUGCACCUUCCUUCUCCCACACGGCCUUCUUGACUCUCAAGAAUUCUGCACCUGACCCAUGGAGUUUUGAAAGCGACGCCUGCGGAGACCUGGUUUGUUCUCUGCCCCCUGUGAGGAAUUCCAGCUGGACACGGCAGGAAUGAAGCGGCUAAACCAGCGCGACUUGGCUCUCCAGGCUAAGGACUGGGCAAAGGGGAACUGUUUAUUCUGCCUUAAAAGGAUGGCAACUGAGUAAAGACAAUGACGUUAGGCGGAUGUAGACCGUGGAUACACCCCUAGACGACGUUAGGCGGAUGUAGACCGUGGAUACACUCCUAGUAGGCUAAUGACGACGUUAGGCGGAUGUAGACCGUGGAUACACUCCUAGUAGGCUAAUGUAGCAUAGCGAGAGCGCAAGUAGAUGUUUUUCUGUUAUGUAAGCAAUAAUUUUUCUGUGUCUUAUGGAGUAUGGCUAGCAGUUAUUUAUUUCUGUGCUAGACGGUUCUUUGCAUGUGGGUUCCCUAUAGGUGCAGGCAUCUCCUGGCCACUGGAGGCAUAUAGGCCACUUUGCCAUUUGGACGAGUUGCUAUUGGACUGAAAUUCACACAUCAUUUCAUUAAAAAUUGUGCCUUAGAAAAUGCAAAGCUGUUGCACGUGGUGGUGGGUGGCAGAUUCGGAACACCGGAGGGAAAUGACGUCACUUCCCAGGUCUCACGACUUCUCUCAGAGGUGUCCGCUGCUUUACAAGAAAAAAUAAACAAUAAAUAAAUAAAGAUUUUAAAAGACAAAUAAAAAAGGAAAAAAUUAAAAAGAAAAAAGAAAAAGUUUUGAAAAUGUACAGAUCAAGUCCAAUAUUUUGAUGAAGCACCUGCAUGUUUUAUUAACUAUUUUAAUAAUGUGGAUGUUUACACUUUGCAUGAUAUUAACAGAGUACUUUACGAGAAACGAUGCACAAAACAUGUACGAUAUGGUCAUUGGUAAGCGACUUUUAUAGAAUACUUUUUACAUGUGCGAGGCCAUCCAUUAUGUCAGGAUCCCAUGAGUGCUGCACACUCUUCUGGUUUCACAAAGCCAUUUAUACAUACUUCCUAGCGGGACGCGUUGUACGUGUGUUGCAGCUCGACUGGAGUCAAGAGGAAUAAAGCCCCCUCCCACGCGUGGCGCGUGCUUUGCCGUCAUGAACACUAGUCACCAGCCUGGAAUAAUCUCCAACAUUCUCUAAAUUCUAAUUGCCAACCGUUUCUAUUUCUAUUUGAUUUCGAUUUCAUUUAGUACCGGUUACACGGCAGCUUCGGCAGACUAGCUCUCCUUGUCUGCCAGUGCAGCAUAAGAGACUAUGAUCUAUUCCUCUUCAAAUAAUCUUUGAGAUCCCAGGGGGAAAAAAUGUACUCUGUUGUGUGAAGCUAUGGUGUCAAUGUGUUUGUUUAAAAACCAGGCAAGGCAAGCGAGUGAUUUAUUAUUCCUGGGGGACUGUGGCUGUUCUUCCCCCUCAGACCCCACAUACUUCCCUCCCGAGGACAAAAACGGUGACUCUGUUUCUCACUAGCAAACUCUCAUGACCUUUGUCCUCCUUUCUGUGUAGUGUCAUUAACGUGAUGCAGAUUCUAGUUACCUGUAGGCGGUGUAAGAUUCAGCGAGCUGAAACGAUCCACCUUCGAUGUGAGUCCAUCCAGAAGAUGUCCCUUUCUGGGUGGGCGACGUCCUGUAUCAACUACACUAACUUCCAUUUACAAUAUUUAUUCUAAAAUGCCUCUGAGAAAUAGUUUAAAAAAUUAAAAAUGAAAAGUUGUCUAAAAAUGCAACAGCUUUUAUAGUGAAUGUACAUUUAUAAAUAAAAUACUCAAAUCCA